GAAAAUUAUAAUCUGUACAUAAACACGCACGCACUUUUCAAUACAUUUAUACCCGCACACACCACACACCACAAACUUAUCACUACACACACACAUCGAUAACAUAAUCAGCCAUCAUGGAUAUCAGUCAGCUUCAAAUCACAUUUCUUGGCGGCGGCAACAUGUGCGAAGCCAUGGUACGCGGUUUCAUCAACAAUGGCGGCAUCGACCCAAAGAAGAUCACCGUAUCAACACCGUCUAAGCGUACCGAGAACACAUACAAGGAAUUGAAAGUAAACCACGUUGUGGGGGACAAUAAAAGUUCAGUGAAAGGUGCUGAUAUCAUCAUUUACUGCGUGAAACCGUACAUGGUGAAACCGGUGAGCGAGGAGAUAAACAGUAUUGUCUCCGAAAAAGGGAACCCGCUUGUUAUCUCGGUUAUGGCCGGGGUCACGAUUGAUACACUCAGUUCAGUCUUGAAUGGAUACGGUCGGUGUGCUCGAGUCAUGCCCAAUACUCCCAGUCUUGUUGGCGCUGGAGCGUGUGGAUACGCCCUAUCACCGAAGUGCGCCGAUACCGAUGGCGAGCUCGUUGAGAAGCUUCUAAGCUCAAUUGGCGUGGUCAAGAAAGUGGCCGAGAAUCUGAUUGAUUCUGUCACUGGAGUGAGUGGAUCCGGCCCAGCUUACGUGUACAUGUUCAUCGAGGCCUUGGGUGAUGCAGGGGUUGUCAAUGGGUUGGACCGAGCAACCUCGAGGGCCUUGGCGGCACAGACGGUGUUUGGUGCGGCUAAGAUGGUUCUCGAGAACCCAGAUGUACACAUCGCUCAACUGCGAAACAAUGUAGAAUCACCCGCAGGCACAACCGUGUCUGGCACUAGCACACUCGAGAAAGAGGGGCUGAGGGCGUGCGUCAUCAAAGCUGUCACAGCCGCCACGGAUAAGGCCAAAGAGCUAGGCAAAAGCAACUAAAUUAUUCUAAUGUCGCCAUCGACGCCGUCUCUAGUAAAGUACCGAAAUCAACAAACAUUGCAUACAACGCGAAAUACUAUGCGAUAUAGCCACUUAACGCCAUUCAGGAGAUUAUGCUAAUGACAAAAAACAAAAGUGAGGACAUGAUAAUACAAUCUGCAGUGGACCACUUUGUUGUGCGUACAAUUAUUUCACAAUUUGCCUGCGAACCCACGUGGUUUUCAAUAAUUUGGUUACCCGCAACUCAUGACCGGGACCGAUGGCUUUUACGGUGAGUCUAGAUGAAUAAAUAUCAACUAGAUACAAACUGCAAA